GCCGCCUUCAGCUCCUUUAAUGACAGACAGGACAUAAUUACAAUAAUUAAUAAAAAAGCAACUAAUCAUAUACAUAGUCACUCAUUUCUUGACACUGUCAUGUCUCUAAAGUGACAACUACCGUCAUCACCAUCAAGCAAAGGAAGGUUUGACUCCAUCAUGUGCUGACUGAGUUCCAACUGCUCAGCCCCAGCCCCUCAUAGGUGGAGGCUAAAGGGCAACACCAGAGAAGGCAAAGGGCAGGGAAUGACACUUGAACAAUCCUGGCAUCAUAAGAAUACCACACCUAUUUCUGAUGCCAGUACCUGGGUUCAAUGCAAGUGGUUGCAACUCUUUAUAACAGGGAUGGCUAACCUGCAGGACUCCAGACGUUGCUGAACUGCGGUUUCUAUAAUCCCUCGCCGUGCUUCUUGUGAUAAUUGUUGAGAUUCUCUUGGGGCUAUAAAGUCAGCUAGUAGUACUCUAAAUAAAUGAAGUUUAUUGCAUAGCCAACAUAAUAACACUGUCACUGAGGAGGUUCCAGUCGCACAUACAGAAGCUGGCCAAACUGGCGGCUGACUCUUACUUCAAUGUACUGGUGAUGAUAAAGCAGCCUCCUCCACUACACUGGAGGGCAGAGGUUGGCUUAACUUGUGCAGGCCGACUUCCAGCACCUCACACCACCCUUCAGCACCAGAUACCCGAGGCGGCAGGGUGGGCCCUGGCUCUCUGCUUCGUGGCUGGGCCUUACAUGGCAGAACUGGCAGGCAGCAAAGUGUCACGGGCACAACCCUGAGGAAACCUGACCCUGCGCCGCCUCCUCUCUUCUGCCCGUCUGACAGGCGGCGUCACGAGGAAUUCUGAGGAACUCGAAAACUUGCUCACUAUUUCGUGGCCCUUCGGUUGGCCCCGGCAAAGGCCAAAGAGCGAGUUUCGUAAUCUCGCCCUCCUCUUUCUCGCUUCCCUUCUCCUCAGCCCGCCUCCCUCUCCAGCGCUCUAUCCUUUCGGGCCGUUCUCCGUUGUUUUUUCCGUCCCCGGGGCCGGAUGCUUCCCGCCCCGCCCCCUACCUCCCCCGACACGGCGGCAGAGGCCUGACUGACUGACUGCCAGACCGAAGGACACGCGCAGGCAGCUCCUCAGGCAGCGGCCCCUGUAGGCCGAGCAGCGGCGGCGGCGGCAGGAGAGGGAGUAGCGGCGGCGGCGCCAGCAGAGGCAGGCGCUCGGCUUCCGGGCGGCCCCGGCGGGUGUCGUUCUCCGUCCGCGCCACGGUGUCUCCUGAGGCGAGGGAGCGGGAAGAGAAGCGGAGAGAAGCAGCCGGCCCGCUUCGCUUCGGUAGCCGACCCGAUCGCCGCGGCCAGGCCCCCCGCAUGCAGUCCUCACCCUGGAGCGGCGGCGGCGGCGGAUCGAGGAGCUCUCGCGAUCCUCCCGGCAGAGGCUGCUCCAGUCCAGGGACAGGAUGUUCUCCAAGUUCACCUCCAUCCUGCAGCACGCCGUGGAGGCGGUAAGGCCACCGGCGGCGCCCGCCACGCAAGCCCGGGGAUCCUGUUGGGCCUAAGAUGGGGAACGCGCUUUUGGGGGGCCUCCUCGCGAUCCCCCUCGCUUUGCUCUGCUGCCGGCUUCGUCCCUUUAACUGCCAUGCCCUCCUUCCCUCGCUCCAACGCCGGAUAGUUUUAUUUCUGCCUUAGGACGCGGGGACGGGAGCUUGGCGAGACCCGAGUGGUUUGCUCUUUUCCUCCCAGUCUCCGGGUUGGGCGGGUUACGUGGCUGUGUCCCGUUUCUGGCUCAGUCGAAGCCUCUGGGCGAUCACGAGUCGGGGCCCCGCAACGAAAGCCAGGAGCCUUCAAGUUCUUCGUUUAUUUGCUAGUUAAGUUUGUAUGGCGUCUUUCCAACAAAGGGUGCUCGGGGUGGCCAACUACAAAUACGCACGCACACAAGGUGUAAUAAAAUACACUCAAACUUUAGUACAGUAGUCUUUAUUUAUUUAACUAUUUUUAUCACCCUGCUCUUCAGACAUAAAAAGACUACCAGAUCGGCUGUAUAAAUACAUGGCAGUCCCUGGCCUCCAACUUAGUACAAUCUAAAAAAUAUGGACACAAAAGGAAAACUGUUUGGUAGGGAGGAGGAAGUAAGUCAACUCCUUCAAUCUCUUCUGCUGACCAGCUGGGGUAGGAAGCUCCAGGAGAAGAGGCAGGGGUAUCUCCUCUGUUUCCUCACAUGGUGCAACUCUGAUGUAAAUAAAUAUGCUCUAAUGCAAAGUAAACAACAUAAAAUUAAGGCGAGGGGGACCCCAAAUCCCAAGGCUGUUUUCAAGAACAAAGGGUGGGUUCUUGAAGGUGCCAAUUGGGCAGGCUGACAGCUUGAUACAGCUGCCUCCUGCCUGGGAAGCAAGAGCUUUGAAGCUGCAUAUUUCCAGUAUAAUUUUUUUUGUUGCUAGUGGAUUUUUUGUGACAACAUACCUGGUGAGUUAAAUACAAGCUGCAUUCAUGUGUAGUUGUGUUUUAGGCUUGGUUUUUUUGUCCUUUUGGUUAUUUUCUCCAGAUUGUUUGUACUCCUGCAAACCUAUAUGCCAGUUGAGUUUGCUGAUGUUUUCCUUUUGUGCAGAGGUAGUGCUGUUUUUGCUACAUAAACAUUGACACUCUAGCCUGAACAUCAGAAAUAGAGGGAGUGAUAAUGUCCUUCCUUUCCGUUUUAUAGGCACAUCUAAAAUAUGCCCCCCUAACCUUCUAUCCCCUUAGGCAUAGUUUCACUGGGACUUUUGUAUUAAAAUUUCCUUCACAGCUGCUCCCUCCUUCUGCUCCCACAGUGGACAGGCAAACAGGCUCCAAACAGUCAAAUAUUCCCUGUGUUCACUCCUGCAGCUUUAUAAAUGUGUUUUGAGAAAUUUUCCCCAGUUUCCUAGAAUAUCCAAUGGGAGAGAGAGAGAUUGAUUGCAUUCUGGAGUAUCUGAAGUAAUAAACAAAAGUACCUCUGUGCUAAUCGCUCAUCAAAACCAGUUAUCCCUGCAAUUUGCCCCCAAUUUGCACCUAGCAUCCCUAAUAUUUGAUUCUUCAGGGUUGAGUAGACAUUUUUUCAAGUGUCCAUGAGGCAUUAUGGCAGUUGUGCCAGCUGGGCAGUGAGAGGCCUGUCUAAGCCUUCUAGCAUGCUGUAUUAAAAACUAUAUUCUGUGUCAUUUGGCUUAAAUCGGGGCAGCUAAACUCCUGCCUGCAGCCCUGGUCGUCCCCCCCCCCCCCCGACUUGAUCAAUUUUGGCAGUGGAUUUAAAAAAAAAAAGUUUACAUGCUGCUGGUAUGGGUAGAUAGGUUUUAAUAAUAACAAUAACAAUAAUAAUAAUGUAUUUAUAUCCCACCCUCCCCAGCCGAAGCCGCAGCUAACAACAGUAAAAUAAUAAUAAAUGCCUCUGCCCACCACAGUGCCUUAAUGGGAAUGCACAUCACUGUUCAUCAGAUUGAUCAUUUGAUGAGUAUAGAAAGGGCAAUAAUGCCCUUCAUCAGCUGUGGAGGGGGGACAGGGUGGGUGGCUACACCCACCAUUAGCAUGCACCACCCAGAGGUUUGACCAAAGGUUAAUGGGUUAACCACCCCUCACCUAAGUAAUGGAAUAGUCCACUUAAGAUACUUCAUAUGCCGACACAAUUCCACUCUUGGGGUAAAAGUUCAGUAUAAUUACUGUUCUACCUUCCAUCAAGUAACUAGGUUAUUCCAGCUGAUUCUAUGACCUGUGGCAAAAAAAUUCCAAAGGUUGAUUAUACGUUUGUGCAAGGUAGGACUUGUCUUUGAGCAGGUGCAUUGCCCUUUAAUUUUCUUUAAUGAUUCCUUGUGUUAGCAUUAUGAGACGAAUUGAAAAUGAUGCCUCUAGUGCUUUCUUUGCUCCUUGGCAAAUUUUAACAUUCCACUCAAUUUGUGUUAUGCCAACCACGUGUGUAUGCCGACCACAUGUUUAUUAAUGAAUAUUUUUAUUCAAUAAAAGUUAUAAAAACCUAGUUUGUAUUGCCUCCAACCAUGCCUCUCAGCAUCAAAUCUCUAUUGUCCUAAUGUAAAUUUCCAAUGGACUCCUUCUGAAACUAUAGUACAAGUACAUCUUUUUAAUAAAGUAAAUAUAUCAAACAUGCAUAUUAUGCUGGUGCACGUCUCAGGUUGCUAGAAGUGGCUGCAGCUACAUUGUGAAUGUAGAAUUGGUUAUUGGCCUGGAAAAAAAUAUUAUAGUCAAGUUACCGGUAAUUAAAUAUUUGAAACGGUGGAUUAUAUACUCCACAGAUUUCACUAGUGAGACCACAACCUUUUUUUUAAUUUUUAUACUACUGAUUUCUGAUAGAAUUCUAGAUCGUGCAAGGUAAAAUGUUAGUAAAGCCUCAAAACUUCAUUGCAGGAGUUUUUGAACUUUUAUCCAACUAAGACAUACAGUGGUACCUCAGGUUACAUAUGCUUCAGGUUACAUACGCUUCAAGUUACAAACUCCGCUAACCCAGAAAUAGUGCUUCAGGUUAAGAACUUUGCUUCAGGAUAAGAACAGAAAUCGUGCUCUGGCGGCACGGUGGCAGCAGGAGGCCCCAUUAGCUAAAGUGGUGCUUCAGGAGAAGAACAAUUUCAGGUUAAGAAUGGACCUCCGGAACCAAUUAAGUACUUAACUCAAGGUACCACUGUACUCAAAAUAAACCCAUGAGGUCAAUGGAGUUAACUCUGUUAGUUUUAGUGAGUCUGUUGGAUACAACUCAUUGUUUUGAUUGGAUACAUGUAUACCUAAAAAAUUAGCCUGAAUGUUAUACAGUAGGCCCUUAAUUUACACAAGGAUUAUUUUCCGGGGAUUGCACCUAAAGCCAACAUUGUGUACAAUCAAAGCCAAUUGGGUUCAAUGGCAGUUAGGAUUGGCAAAUUCAUUUCCCCUGGAACCCUGCCCCCUUUUCACCCUCUGUGUGUGUGUAUAUAUAUAUAUAUAUAUAUAUAUAUAUAUAUAUAUAUGUAAUAUAUAUGUAUAAACUAUUUUAUGCCAUGCGUGUAAAGCUGAAUAUAAAGUUAUAUGUGUGCAAGCUGCUGGUUUACCAUGCUACGCUACCGGGCAUGAUAGGGUUUGUGAAAGAUUUGCACAUCUUUGAGUCUGAUUACAUUGUGUAACUUUAUCAGCAGUCUUCUAAGUCAAGUCAGGUCCCAGCAGUGCCUCACUGCUAAACAAGUGGAAAAAAUGAAUUUCAUGGUGUGUACAAAGCAGGCCAAAGCCUGCAAUUUGGCCCUGGCUUUUUUAACAGUGCUGAAGUCAAUGAAAUAUAGUAUGAUGUUGAGUUUCGUAUGUUUUUGUUGGUGUUCAUUGCUGACAUUUUCUCACAAGGUCUGCAGAAGAGCUUUUGGUAUAGUGUUGAUCUAUACUGGAUGUUGUGUUCCGAGAAAUUGAAUUUGUUUAAAGGCACAUUUGGCCUGGUGCACUGCAUGUUGUCUUUCGUCUUAAUUCUGAAGCUGAUGAAUGCUGAAAGUAGUCACAGUUCUGUCUGUUUGUGUCAGUUUCAAAGAUUCAAAUGUUGGGGGGGGGGAUCAUAUGCAUUUAACUCAGUGGGUAUAGGUGUUCUUAAGUCAGUGGCUUGAUUCAAUGUACAUAAAUUGACUUAAGUAUGAAAUCUGUUAAUUUCAGUGGGUCUCCUUUGUGUGUGACAUAGUUGAAUAUCACCCUCCGAUCCCAAAUCCGCUUAAUUGAAAAUACAUCCCCUCAAAAGCUAUAAUCUCUAGUUCUAUGGAAGUGUGUUUAGGAUCAAGAUAAAGAAAUUUUUACAGAUUUCAGAAAUGUCUGACUUUAACUAGCUUAAAGUGACCGUGAUAACUGGUUUGGAGUUCCUUUUAAAUAAUACUGCAAUACCAAUGCUUCCCCUUUGUCAUUUUGAAUAUGCAUAUGCAUAUCAAUAGCAUAUCAAUAUAAUAUCCAACAGCCUAUUCUUUCCAUAAUUCAUUUCUUUUUGCAAGUCACUCCUAGGAGUGUUGCCACUUCUCCAUUUUCAGAAUUGCCAGCCAAAAGUUGAUAGAGAACAUCAAAUCAGGCAUAUGUCAAGUUUAUUUAAAAUGGCAGCUAGUCUGCUACAAUAUCAGAAGUUAAAUCCUGCUGCCAUUAUUUUUGUUUCAAAAAUAUUGUAGAAUAUGUGAUCAGAAAUAGGUGUGCUAUUAUUUGUACUAUUCAAAAAUAAGAGAAAACUAGUAAAAGCUAGUUAGUUUAUUCCCAUUUUUCCAUUAUCAUCAAUAGGAGUAUGUACUCCCUCUCAGGAAGGAAGGAAGGCCAAUUUCCCAAGGAGUCAGCUGCUAGUUUAAUUAUUCAUUUAUUCAUUAAUUUAUAGACCACUUGACUGUAAAAAAAAAAAACAGCAACCCAAGGCAGUUUACAAAGCUGGUGAGCUGUCACAUCAGACAUUGUCCACUGUACACUCCCCAUUUAAUCAACACCCAUUGUUCAUUCCUCAUUCCCAGAGGCCUAACUGAAUUUGAGCCACACUUUAUUACCUCAUUGGCUACUACGGUAGCUGGGAGAAAGUAGCCAGGCAUCUGGUUGGCCACUGAGAGAACAGUUCGCUGGACUAGAUGGGCCAUUGGCAUGAUCCAACAAGCUCUUUCUUUGUUCUUAUCUUUUUACAUUCUUCUUGUUAAUGAUAAUGUGAUACCAUAAUAAAAAUUAAAAAUCUCAAAUUACCCUUUAUUGGCAAAGGUGCUCAUUUGGGGCUCUGUACCAGUAAGGCAAGAAUGCAGAACUGGGGAACCUUUUGGGAGUUUCAUGUCAGCAGUGGGACAUGACAUUGUCACACUUGCAACACAAAAUCAAGAGGUUUCUAUACACAAACUCCAUUCACCAUCCAGGCAUCAUCACAGAGCGGGACCAGUGAAGGGUGUGGCACGAGAAAGGGGCAAGGCCUAGGAAGAGUCCUGAGGGCCACAUUUAGCCUCCAGCCUGAGGUUCUCCACUCCUGCUACCUCCCAGAAGAGAAUAUGGUCCCCCCCUGCCCCUGUUUGAAAUUAUUAUCUUUGCAACUAUGUUUUCCUAAAGACUAACAUUUAGGAAAUGUCAUUUGUCUGUUUUUUAUUUCUUUCCUGCAGCUUGCGCCAUCCCUUCCAUUGCAAGAAGACUUUGUUUUCCACUGGAAGGCGAUUACCCAUUACUACAUAGAGACAUCAGGUAAGAGGCAUUUAUUUGCAACUUCAGCACACAAUUCUGCAGAUGGGAGUAUUGUUUGUUACUUAAAAGUAAUGAUCUGGUAAAUAAUAAAAUUAAGCAGGGAAAUAGCUGGUGGGACCUGAAUGUAACACUUCACAAUAACUUUCAGAACGUAUUCAGUGCUGUCAACACAGAGAUUCAAAGUCUUUAGAUGUUGCAAUUCAUUCCUGUUUGCCUUGUAAUGAUAGUUGUUUGUAGACAGUUGCAUAAAAGGGAAUAGCAAACUUGCUACUGGAUUAUUUAUACUCUUGCCACAUAGUGGUAUAAAUUAUUUCCAGAUUCAUUAUAUAAAAUUACUUCACACACGGGUUUGCUGAUAAAUGCAGUAGAGACCAAUUAAGUUUCUUCACAACAUUAAAACUUCCUCUCCCAAAUAACACAUUGGAAGUCUAUACUCUAUGUAGUUUCAGAUUAUCCUCAAGCAUUUUGUGUCAAGAAUUACAUUGUUUCUGUCCUUUUUGUAAAGUUAUAGCCCUGCAUAGUUAUAUAAAAUACCAAGUAGGAACUCAGUUCAGGCAGGGUCAUCCCCCUUAAUUUGAACAAGAAAGGCAAUUCCACACAUUCAACUCCACACAUUCAAAGCUUAGCUGAAGUAACAAAUAUGUUUGUGAUUUUUCUCUUUCUUUUAUUACAUGAGAAGUCAAGAGAAUUCACACAACGCACAGCCAUAAAUUGGAAGAAUGUGGGUGGGGCCAUGUGGGCCAGCCACACGGCCAACCCACUCUCUGACAAUGUGCCAUAGCUACCUCCCCACCCCCAAUCUUUGAUCAGCAUGAGAAGGGACUCUGUGUAUGUACAUCAGUAUGGGUAUAGAACAGGAGCGAUAGUGCUGCAGAGCCACAACAUUAACCUCCCAUCACAGCAUCGCUACCACUUACCAAGCAGGUUAAGGAAGCAAUAAGGUCAGGCUGUGUGCAGGCACUGAUAGGGAAUGCCUGAUUGUCUCUGCUGGUGUAUCCAUAACCCUGACCUCACCCAUUUUGGUAAACAGAAGCCACACUGCUACUAAGAGAGUAUUGUUGGUGAAGAGGAUCUCCAUGUUAUUGGGCCAGAUUCCCCUUUAUAUGGAAUAGCUCUACAUGCAUACUAAUGUAUGUGCAUAGAGCUCCAUCAUAUUGCUGGGGGGGGGGGGGAGCAGAGAACUGGUGUAGCCCACACAGCCACACAAGCCCUCUUUGCAUUCAUUCAAUAGGAAAAGUCAAAUGAAAAUGUGUUUGAGUAUAUGAUCUUCAUUGUAAGGUAUUUAACUUUUAUGCAGUGGCUCCCCACUUGUGGAAUGCUCUCCCCAGGGAAGCUUGCCUGGUGCCUUCUUUACAUAUCCUUAGGUCCCGGGCAAAACAUUCCUCUUCUUCCAGACAUUUGGCUAAUUAAACAAUCUAUGGCCUUUUAAACUGGGGGGGUUGGUAUUGUUUUCGUUUGUUGCUAUGGUAUGUAUUUUUGUGUUUUUAUAUUGUAAAUGCCCUGAGAUCCUCAGAUGAAGGGCAGUGUAGCAAUUUAAUAAACAGUAGUAGUAAUAAUAGUAACAACAACUGAGACAGGAGACUUUAUUUUAAUGGAACCUUUUUCUCUAGAUGACAAAGCUCCUGUGACAGAUACCAACAUUCCCUCUCACCUGGAGCAGAUGUUGGAUAUUUUAGUUCAGGAAGAAAAUGAGAGGGAGUCUGGGGAAACAGGACCUUGUAUGGAAUAUCUACUACAUCACAAGAUCCUAGAGACUUUGUACACCUUGGGCAAGGCUGAUGUAAGUAUAGCUCCAUUGCAGAAAGCUCAGGUCCUGUGACUGGAUAUAAUCAUGUGUACUUAGUUUGUGCGUACUGUUUCAGUAAACGAAAUUUUGACUUGUCAUAUUUUUGCAGUACCUUUGAGAAUAAAAUAGUGUUGUAUUACAAGUGGUGAAGAAAUGCUGCUGUUGAAAGCAGAGGGCAUAAGGACAUGGGGUCAUGGAAAGAUCCUGGCAGUUGGCCAGAAUGAAAGCUAUUUUGAUUGAGUAGUAGCUGAACAUUUUCCAAAUACAUUGUAUCCCUCUUCACUUGAAAAAAUAACACUCCAAGGGUUGAAACUGCCGUGGAAAGCAUGCACACAUAAUCUUUUCAAGGUUCUCCAUCUACACACACACAAACAGAGAGAGAGAGAGAAACACACACACCAGACCACACCCAUUUGGGUGUGAGAGACUACUGCUAGACAUAAAAGAAUGGACACUUGUAUAUCUUUGUGUUUAUUUGUGUGCUGGUUUCCCACAAAACCUAAACCUGCUUGCAGUAUAUUGUAUGAACAAUAAGUGUAACACAAACUAAACAACUGCAAAUGUUUGCUACAGAUAUAAAACAAGUGCAUAGGAUCUUAGUCUAUGCUAGUUUGAAAUGCUAAAUUAACUGCAUAAUGUGCACUAUAAAGGUCAGACCUUCUUAAGACCUUCAAGUAUAAGGCGGUAUAGAAAUAAAAUAAAUAGAAUAAAGAUAUAAUUGGUCUAAGUGUUGUACCAAAUCUCUGUAUUGUAAAAUGGAUGAGAUAUUGGAUGCAUUUAAUGUGUUUGUUACUAAACUAAUGUUUCUAGACACCUUGUUGGUUUUGUUUGCCAGUUUCCACAUUAUGUAUAUUUCAUGUUUAUUGUAUCUCUUUUUCUAGUGUCCUCCAGGCAUGAAACAGCAGGUUUUAUCCUUUUAUACAAAGCUGCUGGGAAGAAUACAACAGCCUCUUCUCCCACACAUAAAUGUACACAGACCUGUGCAGGUACUAAACUCUCUUUUUAAAGGAACACAUUUUAACACCCAGAUUAUCGGGUGUAAUAUUUCAGUUUUGUUGCUUUAAUAUCUUAAAAAGCAAAAUUUAACAAUGUAUCCUGAUGUGGGCAUUUUUAUUGCAGUUUUAUUUUCUUUAGUAGUACUAUUAAUAAUAAUAUUCUCUUGAACAGAAAUUAAUCAGACUUUGUGGGGAAGUUCUGGCAACACCCACAGAAAAUGAAGAAAUCCAGUUUCUCUGUACAGUGUGUGCAAAGCUGAAACAAGAUCCAUACUUGGUUAACUUCUUCCUUGAGGUAGGUAGAUCACACUGCUUGUUAACUGGCAUUUUUUCCCCACCAUAAAGGGAACUGAGUUAGGUAUCUGUCAGGACCAGAGGGGCAGGGAAUAAAACCUUUUGAUCCCUGGAAGCUACUUCUACCCUGCUACUGGCUCCUGAGCCUUCCCCAUCUGUUGCUUGUAUGUUUCCAAGUUCUUUUGCGAUUGCCAGGGCUAGAAAUUGCUUUUCAAAAGAGAGUUGAAGUUAUCGAGAAGAACUUUCUGACAGUAAGAGCUGUUCAACAGACUUCCAUAAGAAGUAAUGAACCCACCUUCCUUCCAGAUUUUUAAGCAGAGGUUGGAUGACCGCCUGUCAUGGAUGCUUUAGUUGAGAUUCCUGCAUUGCAGGGGGAUGGACUUAGAUGAUCCCUUCCAAAACUACAAUUCUAUGAUUCUAUGACUUGUGCCAGAAAGCAGAUUGUGUGUUUCUGUGGUGAUAUUACAGAAGCAUAAAAAUUGUAUUUUAAUAUUUUGUUGGAAGCCACCCAGAGUGGCUGGGGAAACCCAGCCAGAUGGGCGGGGUAUAAAUAAAUUAUUAUUAUUAUUUACACAACAGUGCUGCAUUUUUAUAUUUAUAUUUAUUCUCUUCCCCUCUCCUUAUUAUUAUUAAUUAAUGAAGUAAGUAAUUAUUCCUAUGCCAAGUAUAUUUCUUUAUGCUUCUUAUUUUAUCAGUUAGCAUUCUCUGGUGGAGGUUUGCUUUUUGUUGUUGUUACCAUCUCUGGAAGAUUUUAUUUAUCUGGCAUUCUUUUCUUAAUCAGAGGAGAUGCUUUCUGUAUUUUCCCCUCUUCCACAUAGAGAGGUGUACAGUCCCUUCCUGUUAAAUUUGGCAACUGUUGCUUGUUCUUGCUAUCCCCAGUGGUCUGGGAGUGAAGUCCCUUGAUGGUGGUGAUCUUGACUCUGAAAAUAUGGAGCUUAUUUCAUUAAACUUUCCUAUUAGGUGAUACAAUACCCUGUCCUACAUACUUCCAGGAGGCAGGUGAGCAGGUGGGCUUCAGAACUGCAUGGACAGACCAGUGGAUUUUGUCUGUUUUGCUGAGCUAGAUGCAAAAGCUCUUUUAUUUGAAAUUCACUAACCCUGUAAAAUGGAGAGAAAAUGUGCCCUGUAGGGUUAUGUGAAUUAAAUAUCUUGUUGAAAUUGGGUCUCUGGAGCUGCAUGAUAUCAUGUUAGCACCCUAGAAAUCCACAGCUCUGGCACAUGCUUCACCGGUGUGCUAACGCUGCGUAUGUAGGAACUAGCAUACAAACAAUAGCACAAUUUAAGCAUCCUGCUGGCUGUAUGCAACCCCUCAUAGAUUACACUACUUUUAUAUAGCCUUGUCAGGUAGGAACUAAAUUUAAUCUAUGUGGAAACCAGGCUGGUUAGCAGAGAAGGUGUAGAGGCUGCAGGUCUUCUCUAUGGAUAAUUAGUUGUCACACCUCCUCCUCUCCCCCCCUCCCCAAUCUUUAUAUUGGGAAUCAUUCAAUUAUAUUAUAUUACAUUAUAAAAUAAAUUACAGUCAAGAGCUGGAAGAUUGUUUUCUGUGAUGCAUGGCAUGUUGCAUGUCCUUCCAGCACUUUUCAGGAAUAAAAGUGAAAACUGACAGUAAAAUAUUUCUUAAGGCUCAGGGAUAGUUAUGUACAUAAUAGAUAAUUAUACACGCUUAUUUUAAUAAAGGAUUGCUAUUCUAUUGCUUAUAAAAGAUACUGUAGGAUAUGCAUUUUCUUCAUCUUCAGGGAUAAUUAACUGCAUGCCCAUACUUUCCCCCAUCUCUUAUAAAGACUGAUACUUUGAAUCCAUAUGCUCUGAAGGUCUUUCUAAACAUCUGAAACUGAUUUAUAGGCAGGGGUGCAAUUCUUCCAUUUCAAGAAGAAUAUGAAGUGAGGAACAUGGAUCCGCGGGGAAUGGUGUCAAGAUCUUGUUAAGAUGGCAGGUGCAGAUUUCCUGAGAAUAACUGCUGAUUCUUAGAACAGCUUUUGUUUUUCUUAGACAUAUGCAGCUCCAGAAGCAUGGUUAGAUUGGAAUCUGAAACUGUGUUUCCAGAACCACAGAGAUAAGGUGGAUUGGGGUCUUGACCUGAAAAUUCACAUUUUCCAUUAAAUGCAUUUGUGUCAAAAGGUUGCCUCUAUAUAGUAAAUGUGACAUUCGUACUGAAGAUUGAACAAAUCAAAUGGCAUCCACUUACUUCAGUGGCUUGAUAGAAUAAGGAAAGGCCAUUUUUUGCACACUUAUUGAACUGACUAAUACAGAAGUUGGUGUAAAAGGCAAAUGUUAAAUAAUGGCUCCAGCUAGUGGGUUUACUGAGGUUCCUUUUUUAUAAUUUCUGUAAAGCCUGGUAUGUAGGAUUUGUGCAGCAUGGUUGUUAAAGUCGUCAUGUGCUUGUACAUCUCUUGACCAUUAAGAGUAAAGUCAUCUGCCAAAGGUUCAAGUAUUAUGAAUGAGAUGUGUUUUAUCUAGAAACCAAGGAACGGAAGAAGUAAGCCAUGGUGGAUAAAUAGUCAUUUUUUGCAAGGAAAAAUUAAUUCAAAGAUAGAAUGUAAUAAAUCAAAAGAUAAUGGCCGACGAAAUUCAGCCCAAGAUAUAUAAUGACAAUUUACAGGGUUGCCAGUUACUUAAACUUUGUCAAAAUCCAGUUUAAAUGCAGAACUUCAGCAUCUAGAUGAGAUCUACAAUGACCAUUAAGAUUUUGAAGCUUCCCAGUGCUGGCUGAGGUAAAUGACGUCUCAGAAAUUCAAAUUCCGUUUUCAAACCCUGAGAGUCUUGGGGACAAUCUUCACAUAUACAUGUUUUAGUGAUUAAGAAGUUGAGCUGCUCUAAUCAGUUUCUUUGAUUCUGUUUUGUUUCUUUUUCUGUUUUGUUUUUACUUUGUUUUGUUUAACCCUCCUUGUGUUUGUGCCUGCUUUAUUUGGAAGCCUUGUAUUUUGCUGUGUUUUCAGCUUCAGUGCAGGCGCCAUUUUUAUCUUUGUAAUUCUCUUUCUGGAUGUAACCCUCUUCAGAGCAAGCUAAAGGGGCUGGCUUCAAAAGGCGCAGCAAGCUUAAUUACAGCAGACAUGCUAAAAGGCCAAGAUUCCGUGGUGACAGAUACAGGACAGUCUGUUCAGCCUGGAGAGACAUCAAGUGGAGCGGAUCAAGCAGAGAGCGCAAAUGACCUUCCUCAGCAGGCAGAUGACCUGUCCACAAGUCUAGAUGAAUUAAACGUCCCUUUGUCCCCUGAGGCUUUGGCUGCCCAUCCACAUGGGGACUAUAAUUUGGUGGAUUCUCUACUCAAUCUCACCAAAAGCCCGGUGAGUGACUGGCAGAAUUGUUUUUGAUUUUAAGUGGGCAUAUGGGGGGGCCUGAAGGCUUUUUAUUGAUUAAUCAGAAAGAAUGGAAGGAAUUAUCAGCUGAGAGAGGCGCUGAAGGCCUCUAAAAACACCAUCAGUGUCCCCAAACACACAUUUUUAAUUCAGUGAAUAUACUUAAAAUAUCAUUAUGGUAAAUGUGGUGGGUAUGUUUUUCUACUCUUCUAGCACAUACAUAAUAAAUGUUGCUUGGUGUGAAAUCAUCUGGUUUUGGAAAAAUAAAAUGUAAUGCUCCCCCCUCCCCACUGCCCUGCUAAGCAUCCCAACCUGGUAAGAUGAGGACAGAACCUUGUAUUGCAGGCUUCAAAUGUUCAGGAAAACAUUAGUAUCACCAAAAUUGUGAGGUGAGCUUUUAUUUUUAUUUAGUAUACCUUUUGUAUGUCCUGUAGUCCUGCGAGCUGAUCUUCUACAGAAACUGAUGUUCAUCACCAUGGUUUAUUUGGGGAUUGUUUCAUUGGGUCGCUGAACUGUUGUCAUUUUUCCUCCUUACUGUUAUAAUGCUUGCAGAUUUAUUUUUAACUGUCGCUCACAGGCUGUUAAUAACUUGGUCAUGGUCAUGCCAAAAGUUGCUUAGUCUUGUUCUAAAUAGUGUCUAUUGAAAUAAAGCAAACAUAUUUGCCUUAGUGGAGAUAAGGAAACUACAGCGAUAAAACAACUUUGUCAAUUCAUUAGGGUAUAUUAUUAUAUAUCUGUAGUAAUAGCCAUGUGAACCCUAAUAUUCUUCCUCUCCUAUUUGAACUUGAAACUUACUGUAUUCUGUCUUCUCUUAUAUGACAGGAUGGCCGGAUAGCUGUGAAAGCUUGUGAAGGCCUCAUGCUCCUAGUGAGUUUGCCGGAGCCAGCAGCCGCCAAAUGCUUAGCAGAGAGUACAUGCUUGUGUGAACUGUUGACAGACAGGUUGGCCUCUCUCUACAAAGCCCUCCCUCAGUCGAUGGAUCCUUUAGAUAUUGAAACAGUGGAAGGAGUUAACUGGGGGUAAGAAUAUUGUCUCAAUGGACCUUGAGCUACAGUUUAUGCCUUGUGUAUGUUUAAAAAAGCAUUUCUAAAAAAUACAUUUACAGCACAACUUGUGCUUGAGGUGGCUCUCCAAAGAAGUAAAAACUUCAAAGCACCAAACUACAAGCGAUAUCUAAAUGCUUAGGUUAGUCAUGGAACUUCUAGUUAUGCUGUGAUGAAAACCAAUAAAUACUGAGCAUAUAUAUGCUUUUCUCACCCCUUCUUGUACUUCAGCUUGGAUUCCUACAGCCAUAAAGAAGAUGCAUCUGCUUUUCCAGGAAAAAGAGCCCUGAUUUCAUUUCUAUCCUGGUUUGAUUACUGUGAUCAGCUCAUUAAGGAAGCUCAAAAGGUUUGAGAUGCCUACUUUAACCCUUUUCUAUGUACAAUCCAAAACAAGUUUAGAAUAUAUUAUUAUUUUUCCUAAAUUGGAAAGGGAGUAUCACUGUGCCCUCUUAUUUCAGACAACAGCUGUUGCCAUGGCAAGCUCGGUGCGAGAACGUUUUUUUGUUGGCGUAAUGGAACCCCAACUAAUGCAAACGUGAGUAAGGCAUUUGUUGGAAAGAGAGAGAGGUCUCCCCUAUUUUUUAUAUGUACAUAAAGGAGGAACCUAUGUCACUUCCUUUAAAAAUCCUUCUUGUGCUCAGUUCAGAGAUGGGGAUUCUCACGUCAACGGCCCUGUUGCAUCGUAUGGUUCACCAAGUCACUUCAGAUGCUUUAGUACAUGAAAUGGUCUGCUUUAUCCUUGGGGAGCGAAGGGAGCCAGAAAAACUGACAGACAUCAACAGGCACCCAUUGCGACAUCGCUUAAUUGAACACUGUGAUCACAUUUCAGAUGAGGUAAGAUAUUAUAAUACCGCAUAAGUACAGGGGUGACUGCCAACAUGCUACGACCAAUGUCAUUGCAUUUGUAAACAACUUACUAAUGAGUGGAUCUUUCAAGAGUUAGACAGUGGUUUGGGGGGGGGGUUUGAAGCUGUUUGAGUUGCUCAUCUUCAGAGAUCUGAUAUCAAUGAACAAAAUGUGUUGAAACCUACUGGGUGCUACUUCAGGGUCCAUCUUCCACUGCUGCUUCCUCUAGGUCCUUCCAUUCCCAAUGAACUGGAAAAUGCAUUUUGAGAUGCACUAAAUAGUGCUGAAAAAUCUGAAAUAGUGCUGAAAUAUCUGAAAGUCCUGAGUUCAGAGGCUACUUCAACCAUGAACUCUUGGGAAGAAAGGGGAGCUUUGUGAUGUGGGGAGGGAGUUGCUACUUACCUGAGUCCAGGUGACAACAUGUGCUCUUGAGGCUAAUGCACUGAGGGUGGGAAUGGCUCAGGACACUGUGAGGCCAGGUACUUCUCCCAUUCUAGUACUUAGUUGGGUGAGCCACUACAGUUUCUUAUGGUCCCUGUCUCAUCUGCCAAGGUUGGGACUUAAAAAAUGAGUUGACUGGGAAGGGGAAGAUCGGCCUGCCAGCAAUUCCAGAAGGCUGCAUCUAGGAGCAGGCAGACCAACCUGAGGCCUGUACUGGUUGAAAGAUUAGAGGCAGGCAAGGAAAGGAUAGUUACGGGUUUGCUGUAACUAGCACUUCCUUUAUGGUUCCACAGUGUGGAGAUGCUUUGGUCCUGGUCUCCAUAACUAGAGUGAGGACAUUACAAAGUUGGAUAGACUCCAAAACCAUAAGUCCUUACAGCAAAUCAGUCUCUCAUGCAGUUGCUGUGAGGAGGAAUGUAUUGUCAAGUACUAUAGCAAUAAUAUGUUAUGGGGGCAGGGACUUUAUUUAAACUGUGUGCUUUGCACACUUCAUGGGUGUAGGGCUUCAGAGUAUUUCAUUAGCACAUCUAUUUGAAUAAUGAAAAGUACUUCUCCUCAUGUGAAACCUCUGUCUGCCCCAAACCGUAAAUAAUAGCUCUCUGACAAACCAGAGCCUCUUUUCCAAGUGUUGAUUGCAAUAGGUAAGGGCCAUACACAUAGUUUGGGUUGAUUCUUUUGUCUGUUACUCCGUUGGUUACCAGCAGUUUAUAGCACUGAGAAAGUAUGUGUGUGGGAAAACAUUUAUUAUUCAUUAAAGAAAUGGAAUACUUUUUAAUAGGUGCAACACUAUAAUAACAUACUCAGAAUCUCUGCUUUGUGGGAACCUGUUUUUAUGUCUUUUUUAUAUAUUGCAGAUCAGCAUAAUGACACUCAGAAUGUUUGAGCACCUUUUGCAAAAACCUGAUGAGCACAUUCUUUAUAACUUGGUUCUUAGAAAUUUAGAGGAGAGGAACUAUACGGAAUAUAAACCACCCUGUCAAGAAGAUAAAGAUGUGGUGGAGAAUGGCCAAAUAGCAGGAGCUGUGUAUGUUCUUUUCUGUGCCCCCCUUUUCUUCCUCUGUGUCAUUGGAGAGUUCUGCAGUAGCUGAAAUGUCUUUCAGCUGUUGUUAUCAAAGCAAAGAUUACAUUUUAGGCCGGAGGGUGUAUGUAUUUUAGUAUACUGACAUAAUGUUGAAUCUAGAAAUAAAGUUACGGUGUUAGGCUUUAUACUGUGUAUAGAACUGUUACAUAACCCAGCAUGUUAACAGUCUGCUGCUGUUUCACUUCUCACCCAUCCAUGCAUCUCAAGUUCCAAUCCUAAAUACAUUUUCUAGAGUGCAAGCCCUAUUGAAUACAGUGGGACCUGCUUCUGAGUAAACAAGUGGAGUUUAACUCUUCUGGUAGUUGGCUUAAGGGGUCUAUGGAGUAAUUCCUUCGUUUUUGCAUGUGUUCAACACAAGAGUGUAAGGAGCUGCUUUGUAUCAAGUCCAUCUAGCUCUCUAUUAUUUACACUGAAAAUGACAGUGGCUCUCCAGAGCUUUAGACAAGACUUAAACACAAAUUAGGCUAUCCUCCCUUUUUGACUGAUCAGCUUGAUGUCUUGCUUAAGGAUAUGUAAGCCCAUUUGUCUUUGAAAUUUGGGUAAGAUUCAAAGCAUUUGUUGAUUCACUUGUGUGGCUUUAGAACACCCAGAACUUGAAUGUUGCCUUGGCUGCUGCAGUAUUAUUUAACAAUACAACAAAAAUUCAUAAGCCCCUUUCAUAAAAUUAGAAUAUAUGUUUCCUUGUUUCAUUUAUCUAUGCAUUCUCAGUGAACACUAGUUCAUGUUAAUGUUCUCUAGUUCCAUGUCAUGCCAUUAUUUCAGUAAAUAAAAGUUGUUUAAAAUAAAAAGAAAAACGGCACGAUCCAAGGAAGUGUGAAACUAGUUCUGCAUGCCCAUGGGGCUUUGGGUUUCAGUUUCUAAAAAAGCAGUCCUUAAGCCAUAUUGCUAGUUAUUUUUUGAGACAUGCUUUAAAGACAGUUUGUGAUUUGACAUUAGAUCAUGGGGAGGGGUCUUGCAGUUGAAUGGGAAACAAGGCAAAAAUCCUAUUUGAUGCCUGCAAGCCUAAAGCAGCUCUUUGGAUCCUAGACAUAGAUUCAGAAAGUGACUAAAUUUCAGUGCUUUUAGAGAGUAAAACAAAAAAUGUUUCUCUCCCCUUUUUUGCUGCAAAUUCACAGAGAUCUAGAAGAAGAUCCGUUAUUUACGGAUAUUUCUCCUGAUACCAUGUUGUCAAACCAAGAGUGGCUCACUGCUUCUCCACCUGCCAGCCCAGAUCAUCCAAAAAAUGAUGGGAAGACAGAAGUUCAUAAAAUUGUAAAUAGGUAAGCUGAACCUAAAAUUUUUUGUAAUAACUACAGUAUAAUUUUACUAUUCAUUCAUCUUUGUACUGGUUAUGCUGUGACACCACCCAUUUAGCAAGCCGAGUUGUAAGGUUGAUGGAAUGACCUCACUAUACACUUUGAUCCCAUCUGGCAUGGGACUUAUAUUUCAGGGAUAGCAUGUAUGUGCAAAAAUGCAUAUAUUUGAACUACCCCCUUGGAGCCAUCCCCGUGUGAGCAUCUUUAGCUUUCUGGAGCAGAACACCGAGCCGACUCUCUGACUUGUUUACUGUGCUCUAGGAUGCUCUUGUGAGAUCUUGUGGGGCUGUCCAAGUUUCACAAGAGAAUCCCAGAGCCCAGUAAGCAAGGUGGAGAGCUUAAAAGCACUCUCCAUGCCCAGAAAACCAUGAAGCAAAUAGAACUUUUAAGCUCUCUGCCUUCCAGGGUUUUAAUUCAACUGGUUGGCUUGAAAUCGCCGAAGUUAAAUGUGUGCAAGAUGAGAUUGUACUGUACUAUGCUAGUUGAUAUAUAGCAUUUUAGUUUCCCAGGAGUUCAAACAGGAAUGUAAAAAGGUGAGCAGAUUAGUGAUCACCAUCCUGCUCUGAUGAAGAUUGAGACCAACGUCUUGUGUGGCAGAGACACUGCCACUAUUGUGGUGUGUGAAAGGGGGAGAGAGAGAAUGGGGGGUGAGUAAGUGAGGAAGUUUGUGAAGGUAGAGCAAGUGCAAAUUAACAGGCUAAAUGGAAAGUUAUGAUUCUGUUCCACCUGAAAUAUUUGACCUUGUGCUCCUAACCUUAUUUCAUACAUUCAAAAAUAGUUCUUCAGUCUCAGUAUCUUAGCUUAAUGAAGAAAUAACUGUUGAGUUGUCAUCGACUGCAUCAUGAAAUUUUAUAAAACUAUGUGUGAGAUGGGUGCCAAAGAAAAUAUCUCAGUAGUGCAUGUGAAACUAUAAACUAAAGAGUUCGGAGAGAAACACUCAAGAGAAGAGAAAUGUCAUUAGGUGAUGUUCCUUUCCUACAGUGUCCAGUAAGGAAAAUCAUCUCAAGGUUCUUUUGAGUUGUGUAUAUACAUAGGUUUUGUUGCAAAAAAGAUCACACUAUUGUGUUAUGUGCAAAGCUAAAAGCAAGUUAGACUAAGAGAGUUGCUGCUUCUCUCCCCGCCCCACCCACCAUCCCCGAUCAAGACCUGCUCUUCUCCAGCAGGUAAAUUCCUGCUCUGUUUACUCAGGCACAGUAUUCAUUAGACUUCGCAAAUAUUGAAACAGCUAUUAAUUAUGUUAUGCAGAAUUUUCAGAUAGGAGACCUAAAUUAGAUAUUAAGGCAGGAUUUCUACAUAUCUUAGUAAUUAACUUGUGUAAACCAGAGUAAACAGUGAAAUUUUCAAACAAAGGUGAAAAUAGGCAAAAACGUUAAGAAUUUUAAAUCACGCAAUACUUUUUUUUUUUACAGUGACUUAGUAGAAGGGUUAAAAUUAGGCUAUUAGCUAUUGUUGAGUGGAAUGAUUUACAGUCAUUAAUGGUGCACAAUUUUUUGUUGUUGUUUAUUUGUUAUUUUAUAUAUGCACUUUGGGGCCCUAAAAUGUUUUCCCAAAAUGACUUUAUAUUUAUUAUCAUUUUUUGGAUUUCUUAUCCACCCUUCUCCAGAAGGUCUCAAAGCGGGUUGCAGGGUCAGAAAGAGCUGCACAUUGUUGGAGGUGGGGCUACUAGACUGCCAUUGCCACCCUUUCUACACACUCUUUCACACAAGUAAUACAUGAAGGGGACUAGUAUCUUGUAACUUUUCCCUGUUUGAUUGAAGAACAGAAACGAUGAGCGUGGCUGAAAACAAAAUGAAAAUAAGCUAUAUUUAGUGUAGCACUCCACUUGUUAGAUGGAAUAGCAAGAAAUGCAAUAAGCACUCUAUAUUUUACUCAUUGUUUCUAAAGUUAUGAUAAAAUGAGAAUUGUUUUUACCCCAUACUGCAGGGGUUGGCAAACUAAGAUCCGUGGGCUGGAUGUGGCCCACUGGGCUCGUUAAUCCGGUCUGCAAACCUUGCAGAUCCUGCCACCCGCUCAGUCAGUCCCCGCGCUAAACCAGCAUGGCGUGGAGGCCUCACCGCGUGGGGACUGACUUCUGCGAUGCUGGCGCGGCUUUGGAUUGGCUGCAGGAAGCUCCUGCAGCCAAUCCGAAGCCGCGGACGCCUCUGGGUGGGGGUGACGCUGGAGUGGCUUCAGAUUAGCCACAGGAAGCUCCUGCAGCCAAUCUGAAGCCACGGACACCUCUGGGCGAUGCCCCUUCCUUCCCACUGAGGCGGCUGCGUAUUGCAAAGAGCUGAGUGGGAGGAAGCGGCAGCAGUGGGGAGGCUGCCUCUGCCACCCAGGCCAGCGGCAUGGGCUCUGCGCCCCGUGGACCCCUGGCCAAAGCAGAGGACGACAAUGCUGCCAAAGAUGAGGUGCUGGCGGCAGCUGCAGCAUGAGUGGUGGCAGGGUGGGUCCUUUUGGGGGGGGGUUGCUUUCAGGAGAGGGUGGGUCCGGCCCCCCACAAGGUCUGAGGGACAGUGGACCAGCCCCCUCCUGAAAAGGUUUGUUGACCCCUGCCAUACUGUGUCCUGCUACUGUGCUAUCUGAAAUAUGCUGGAGUCAUUAACAAGGCAGGGUUCUCUUGCUGUGAAAAAUUUCAGUAGCCAGAUUGACAGAAAUGCCUCCACUGAUUUUUUCAUCUGUCUUCAUUGUACAGAAGUCCACAUAGCCGCUUAUGUCAAGCGAGGGCUUAACAAUGUUUGACAUAUCUAUUGCUGCCAUGAUGAAGGAACAAAUUUAUAUUGACUUGCUUUUUGUUUCCUGCUUUACUUGUUUUUGUUUUCAGUUUUCUCUGUCUUGUACCGGAUGAAGCCAAAUCUUCCUACCAUGUGGAGGGCACAGGGUAUGAUACCUACCUCAGAGAUGCCCAUAGACAAGUAAGUGACAGAAGGAAAAUGCUGUUUGGUGGCUGAUGCAGUUGCAGAUGAGGCAACGCCAUUUUGCAGAUAGACAGAUAAUAAUAACACGUUAUCACCCAUCUGCUGAAAUAUAAUACUGUCGCUGAAGUGCCUCUGUAUAAGAGAACACAAAUGUAGCUCAGCUUCUCUGUUGUGUUCAGGUGCUUAGCAACAGAGCAUCCUGUCUCUCAUCAUGCUUUCACUCCAUCAUAUUCUAAAACAUUCAGGCUCAUUUCAACAGUCCUUUGGUCUGCUGAAAGUUCAUUGAAAUUUAAAAUGGGAAACCAAGUAUUGGCCAUAUAUCAUUCUCCAGUAAAGGUAAAAGGUAAAGGGACCCCUGACCGUUAGGUCCAGUCGCGGACGACUUGGGUUGCGGAACUCAUCUCGCUUUAUUGGCCGAGGGAGCCGGGGUACAGCUUCCGCGUCAUGUGGCCAGCAUGACUAAGCCGCUUCUGGCGAACCAGAGCAGCACACGGAAACGCCGUUUACCUUCCCACUGGAGCGGUACCUAUUUAUCUACUUGCACUUUGAUGUGCUUUCAAACUGCUAGGUUGGCAGGAGCAGGGACCGAGCAACGGGAGCUCACCCCGUCGCGGGGAUUUGAACCGCCGACCUUCUGAUCGGCAAGCCCUAGGGCAUGGGUAAGCAAACUAAGGCCCAGGAGCCAGAGCCGGCCCAAUUGCCUUCUAAAUCCAGCCCGUGGAUGGUACAGGAAUCAGCAUGUUUUUAUAUGAGUAGAAUGUGUGCUUUUAUUUAAAAUGCAUCUGGGUUAUUUGUGGGGCAUAGGAAUUCAUUCCCCCCCCCCAAAAAAAUAUAGUCUGGCCCCCCACAUGAUCUGAGGGACAGUGGACCGGCUCCCUGCUGAAAAAGUUUGCUGACCCCUGCCCUAGGCUCUGUGGUUUAACCCACAGCACCACCCGCUGUUGGUUAUGUUGACCUUUCUUUACCUAUGCAGCACUGUGAACUAUAUAAUAACACCAACCUGUUUUGCGGGGACUGGGAUGCGGAAACAAGUGGCAGAACAGAAAUGUCUUUUUUAUAAAUAAUAGAAAUCAACCCUAUAUUGUGUUCCAUGUAUAAGAGUCCUAACUUUGCUUUCCAAGUGAUGUGUUGUGGUGUAUUAUUUUGGAGGGCAUUGCGUUUUUAUAUUGCUAUUGUCUAAAAACAUAGAGAUAUUUUGAAGGAUUGUAAUCUUUCUGACAGUGCAUUCAGCCAUGUCUGCUAAAAGGGGGAAUGUGUGUGGGAUAAUUCACAGGAAAUAACUGUGUGUUGCAUAGUUAUUACAGUGGUACAAAUGGGAUGUACAUGGUGCAGUAAUAUUUUUAUUUCAGUUAAGAUAAUCAUACAAAUUGGACACCUUUUUCUCUAAAUUGCCUUUAUAUUUAUCUGUAGUCUGUUGUAGCAAGGUCUUUGACAGAGGCAAGUUGCUGUGGAAUAGCUAUACGAGUUAACACAGCCGUGAUUUUAGAGAUAAAAGCUUAGUGCAAGUAAUGUGCAGCCUCAGGCAUGCAGUUUUGAAGUGGAUUAUAGUGCUGAGAAACAGGAACUUUACUGUUCCUAUUUAGAAACCUCAAACACAUUCCGCUUUCAAAAAGUAUAGGUCUCCUUGGUCUGAAGACAAACAGAGCUUAAUUGUAACCUUGUAAAUAACAUGCAAGUGCUCUGAGUAAAUGUAAUGGGAUGGUUAAGGGAGCUGAAAAAGACACACAGUCACAUAAUAUUCAGAAGGUUAUACUCCCAGAAACAAGUGUAAUAUGUGCCCAGUCAAACAUAAAGUAUUUCAUUUUUAUUCUGAGUUUGACUUUUUUGUCUUUCCAAAUACCUGAUAGAAAAAUAUAAGGCAGAUAAGGGAAGAUGGACGAGCCAUGAGCCUUUAGUAUGCUAAACUUGAGUGGACAAAAGUAUAUGUUGCUUCUUUGGUAGUGUCUAUUUGAAUGAAAGAAGAAACUGAGUACCAUCAGAAUUGACUCAGGUGCCAGUGGUCCCAGUAUUUUCACACCUGCCCUGGCCAUCUAAAUGGCUGUCACAUGGAAGAUGUAGCAAGCUGAACCAGUGGUUACAAGAAAAUAGAUUCUGACUAAAUACAUGUAUCAGGAAGAACUUUGACAGGAAGCAGUUUGACAGUGGAAUGGACUCCCUUGGAAGGUGGUGGAAGCAGAGGUUGGAUGGCCAUCUGCCAUGGAUGUUUUAGUUGAAAUUUCUGCAUUGCAGGGGGUUGGACUUUGGAGCUCCCAACUCUACAAUUCUAUAAUGAAGCAUAGUAUUUCUACAUGAAAAAUGUUUCUGAAUAAAAGGCUACUUGGGAUGGGAUACUACAAAUCUCUGUGAAAGGCAAAGCAUUUAAAAGCAUGUAACUUUGCCAGUGUACGUUGUAAUAAAUAUCCAUUAAAAUUGGACCUCUUCUUUAGUUCACAAAGGAGUCAGCCAUUUGUUUUCUGCUUUCUCUAGUUCCGUGAUUAUUGCGCCAUAUGCUUACGAUGGGAAUGGCCGGGCUCUCCCACGCCCUUGGAAAAGUGCAAUUUAGAAGCUCCAUUCUUCGAAGGAUUUUUCCUAAAAGUUCUGUUUGAUAGAAUGGGCAGAAUUCUCGAUCAGGUAAGUCUGCAGCUCUAGAUCCUUUUGUUUCUGACCUGGAUGGUUUUCACAGAGAUGUCCAUAUCAUGGAAAUCUGGCAGUAUGAAGGUAAACAGUAUUCUGGGUGGCUGUUAGCCUAUUGCAGAGGUAGCCAACACGGUACCUUCCAAAUGCUCAUACAAUGGGCCAUGCUGGCCAGAGAUGAUGGGAGUUAUAAGCCAAAACAUCUGGGCAGCACCAAGUUGGCUACCCUGGGGAAGGAAGCGAGCUGCCUACCUCUUCUGUCUUUUCAUCCUAGACUCUAAAGGGCACUCUAAAUAGUAAAAUAAAGAAUUAAAAACACUUUCUAAAAAAAAUAACCAAAUGAAUAUGAUGUGCUCCUCUGAACAUUGUUUAUCACAAUAAAAUGAGCAGAUGUUUAUGCCUUCGCCAUCUGACUUCUAAAGCCGCUUCUGGUGUUCCAUUUUUUUGUUGCUGAUUAUAAACUGGCAACAGAAGAAACUCUUUGUAAUAUAAGCAAGAGGCCCAUGAGCAGUAAAGAAGGUGGCUUUGCAUGUGUCAUGAGUACAUUUCAUGUAUGUUUUUACAAACAGCAAUGUGCAGUGGCUUUUAGGUAUACAUGAUUAUGAGAAAAUAGAUACAUUCUUAACAUACCUGAUCGUGUAUUCCCUUCCAGCUACUGUUCAUCCAGUACUGGAACAUAGCUGGCAUGGAAAAUGGCUUGCAGGGGUGGGAUCGGGGUGGGGGUGAGGGUGGAGGCAGGGUGACCACCACCCUCUGCUCGAACACACCUUCUGUUUCUGAAGUCACAUACUUCAGCUACUGCUUUACACAUUUGCAGCAGUCCCAUAAACUUUGUGUUAGAUCAUGUGCUUUCUAUGCAGCCUCUGUUGUGGGAACACUUCCUAGAGCUAAACCAUUUCCAGCAAAAACAAAGUCUAAGAAACGGUCAGGGAGCACACGGGUGGAGCCUAUGUGUUGCCUACAGAAGAUUGCAAGCUCAGUCUGGCUUCUUUAGUAAAAAAAAGUUGUGGUAGUUGACAGGGAAGACCUCUGCUUGAAAUGCAAGAUUGCUGCUCUGAAUCAGAGUAAACGCUGGACUAGAGGAACAUAUAGUUUGACCAGGCAUAAGGCAGUUUCUUGGGUACAUGUGUUGUCCUGUGCUUAAAGAAAUGGGUCUGCUCUAGGACACAUGGUCUGACUUCCACCAGACCACUCUUGUGGCAUAAAGAUUUCAACCUGAAGCCAGCUUCUGUCUGAUUCUUUCAUAUCUUCACCAGGAAAAUGUAACAUUGAAGUAGCUUCCAUUAAACACCCAUUCUACACAUGCCUCAUUAAAAAUGAAUAUUGGAUUUGAGGCUUAAAUUCUGAGUCUCAACAGCUUUAUGAAAACUAAUCUUCAUACAUAUGAAAAUCUGAUCUAGGUGAUGAGACCCUAAUAGUAAAGAGGAAAAGAAGGGAAAAAGUCCUUACCUAAAGAUUGUCAGGGGAACAAGUAUCUAGUAGUAUUGCAAAGAAAAAAGGCUAUGGGUUAUUGUGGUAGGGUGUCAAUUUGAUAUAGUACCUGUCAGAAUGACAAAAUUUCCGUAUCAGUCAAGCAUGCUGCUGUUCUCUCUCCUGUGUCAAGGGCAAUAGCUGAUGCACAGAGAAUUAAAAUAUGCAGUAGGAUGUGGAAAUUGCUAAACCCCUCACCUACUAAAAAAAUGUUGAGCCAAAAUGAUUUCCCCUCCUUUAGGGAUAAAUUGCUUGAAAAUGCUAAUGUAAGCCAGGAAUAGAAGACUGUUGAUGUAGUCAACUCAAAUUAAAAAUGGCAAAACUUGAUGCCAUUAGUUAGCUUAACAAUUAUGCCACAUAACGGACCUCGAUACAAUUGAAUAUAAUUUAUCUGGCAUAGAAUCCUGAUUUUUCUGCAGGCUUUCUUAAUGCUACAUGGCAUGUUUAUAUGGCACAGGCGACUUGGUUUGUACAAGAUAAGUUUCUUCUGCUUCUGCUCCCUUAUACAUCCACCACUGCAAUUCUGCAAAUGAAGCCUCCAAAUUACACAAUAGUGCCAUUAAAAGACAUUGCCAUUAAGUUGGCUAAAAGCCACUUGCAGCCCUUGGGGUGAGAUCCAACUAAGUAAUAUUUAAAGUAGACCCACUGAAAUCACUGAACAACUUAAAUUCACUGUGUUUUCUCAUACCAGUGUUUUGAUUACUGUGAGAGUAAUAGAGUAGUUAAUUCUAGAGUGUCUGGGUCCUGUUGGAGUUCUCUGAUUUUUUUCCCUUUCCCUUAAAAAUCUUCUAUUUGGGCAGAAAUUGUUCCAUCCAAUUAAUAGAAAGCGAUAAAAAAAUUACAACAGAAAAAGGCUUGGCAUAACAGCUAUAUUGCAGUACCAUGGGUUGCCACUGGAUGGCCUGCAAAUGUCUAUUUCACUUUGCUGAAUGAAAGAAAAUGAGAAUAUAAAUGCAGUUAGAACCUUACUAGAUGUGAUGGAGUAGACUUGUGAACAGUAUAUUCAGGGGAGUGGGGAUGAGAUGAAUUUGUUUAAUGCUUUGUGCCAUAAUAUCUUACACACACGUUUUUGGAGUAUGUCUUUGUUUCCUGCCAUGGGGAGGAGGAUUUAAAUUGGAAUAUAGCAGGUGGGGGGAAGGAUUUUUAAAAACAGAGAGCAGCAUCCCCAAACACACUGUGCAGUGGCUUUUAGAAUUUUUUUUAAAUCAUCACAGGAGAUCUAUGAACUGGAUCUCCCAUAUUGUAUGUAAUUUCACUCUUCAAAGUAUCAUCUUAAGCAGAAGUAUUCUUCCUCUUAAUCUCAUGCAGCAGGAGGGAAUGCCUCUUCUUGGGCUGUCUUUGCAGUAACAUGCAUGCAUAAUUGCUGGACAAAGAAAUCGUGGUCCAGGUCACAUGUAAUGGCAUAUCAUACUUUGGGGCAAUUUCUGGGUUAUAUGUAUUUUAUACUGUUGUUGUCUGUUGUUGUCUGACUUUUUGUGUAUUGCUUAGAAAUUUCUGGAUAUAAAGUGAUUUUAAAAUUACGUAAAUAAAUAGAAAUAACCCAUCUUUAAUGGUUUAGCAUGAGCAGCGUGGAGAUCACUCCUGCUUCACUCCCUCUGUCUACCCGGUGGCAGUAACAAACCACAAUCCCCGUCUUAGCAUUGCAUCCAAAUAGGGAAUUGUGGUUCAUUUCACUCCCAAUAAACCAUGAUUGGUCAGCAAAGAGCAAUGCUUGGCUUGACAUUAUGGAUGGUCUAGACUAGAGCAAAACAAGCUAUGUUUCCUGGUUUGUGCAUGACACUAAGCCAAGAGAGCAUGGCUUGUUGCUCCCACAGGCCAGAGGGCAGGAGCAAAACAGGAUCUUUUUGUGCACUCACGGCAAACCAUUAAAUUGUGCUUCACCUUGAUGUGUGAAUGCUGCCAAUGCCUUUUUCUUUGAAAUGUUUAUACAUUUAAUUGAUUCAUGAAUCCAAACUCCUAUGAUUAAUUAAUAAAAACCUAUUUACUUGGGUGAUGGCCCUAAAUACUACUUGCUGCUCUAGCAGCCAAGGCCUAGUGCUGCUUUUACCCUCAGUAAGGCUGUACCCAAAGGAUGGUGCUUCAUAUUCUUGGUGGUUUUGGCUCAGUCAAUCUGUAAUUGUAACUAUAAGUACAUACCCUCCGGGAGCAAUUAUGUCUUUUUGGCUGCCAGGCAGCUCACAAUCAACUUCUUCUUGUGUAUUUGUUCCAGUAUGGCUAAUAUUGAUGGCCUUUUGCCAGUUGCUUUGUUUCAGUUCACCGUGCUGGUUAUACGGUUCGGUAGGCUGUAAAUAAUCAGUCCACUACCACCCAGUCCGGGGAAUUCUUCUUUCAAUGUUUCUGGCAUCAGAUUGCUCUGACACAUUAUGGAGGGCGAGGUGGGCUUUUUUGCUAGUAUUCAGAGGGAGAAUAGGCUGCGAAAUAACAUGAAGAAACAAUAAGCAGAAGAAAGUAGGAGAGAACUUGAAGGUCAGCUCAUGAAAGGGGUUGUACAUUUGGAAAACAGUUUCUAUUUCCAGGUUUUUUAACACCGUUUUCCCAAGAUAAAAAAAUUCUCCACUUUUAGCUGUAGGUUUUAAAAUAGAGGAAUAAGGUCGGGGAGCAGUCCCAAGACAUACUGAUCUCUCUGUGCUGGUCCCAAUCUGCCAUUUAGAUUGCAGGAACUGAAAUGACCACUAUCACCAGUAUGGUUUGCAGGUGUCAUGUAUACUGAAUUAGCAUGCCCGACACACAAAUAGCCCCUGCCUAUAAAACAGUAGUCACAGCUGUUCCAUCGCACACCUGCCUUCCCCUUUAUGUUUGCAGUUUGAGAGCACAUGAGAUCGAAAAUUGUUCUAAACAAAAGAAACAGAGAACACAUCAAUUGACUUUCCUAGGGUUAUGUAAUGAGUUUUGGGGCUUGUGCAGGAAGCUUUGAUAUUGCUUGCACAAGAUAUUUCUAACAAUGUGCCUCACAUUGGCCAUCACAUGCUGCAAAUCUGAUGGCCAUCACAUGCUGCAAGUUUUGCAUUUUGUAAACCCCUAAACUAUACUGCACAGAAUAUAAACAUAUGGAAAACCUUUUUUUUAUUUUUUUGCUUUUUCACACAGCCAUAUGAUGUCAAUUUACAAGUCACGUCUGUGUUGUCCAAGCUCGCCCUGUUUCCUCAUCCACACAUCCAUGAAUACCUUUUGGAUCCUUAUGUAAACCUAGCCUCCGGAUGCCGCUCUCUUUUUUCAGUCAUAGUCAGGGUAAGUAAAUGAAGAAUAUUCAACUUAAACAGUGCCACAAAGUAUCUGUGGCUGAUUAACAAAUGAUGCUAAGGCACCUUUCAGAUGACUGACCUAUUUUUGUAAUGCAGCUCCUCAUCUUUCAGUUAGGGACCAGCCAAAUCCAAAUAAAAAGUGCAAUCUUGUACCUCCCUACUCAGAAGUAGGUACCACUGAGUUCAAUAGGACUUAGUCCCAUGUAGGUGGGUAUAGAAUUGCAGCCCACUCCUGCUUAUGGUAUAUUUUCCUUGGAACAGCUGCAAUCUCCAAGUAGAAAAAGUAACAUUUUAUGGACCUUGUACGACAAACCAUUAGUUUUUCUUGCAACGAGUGAGCAGUUUUUGCAGGGUAAUUACAUCAAGCACAGAUCAUACUUUAUACUUCGACAGAUAUGAUUAUGUGGGGGGGGGGGGAAUGGAACAUAUUAUGUGUUCCUGACCAGUGUGUGAUGCAGGUUUUCUGGGAAAUUUUCAAUUUUAAAAUUUCCUGGGAAGUUUUCUGAUGAAGUAAAUAGUGUGUGAUCUUAUUUAGCAUGUUUGUUUGACUUCUGUUUUGUAAACAGAGCUGAAAACACUUACAGUCUCAGGUGAAAUAAGAAUUUUAGCUUUGGCUGUGCAGGUCAGAUCAAACCAGUUAGAUAUAUUUGUAGCUGCAGUUUUUGCUUGAUUGUUAUGUGUAUUUGUGGUUUUAUAUUACUUACCUGCUUACAGAGUAAUAAAACAUAUAUGUACUUUCUCGCACACUCUAGGGAAAGUAACCUGUAAAACAUGAACUGACAGCUUUGAAUCAAGCUUGCCUUAUGUAUUGCCAUUCAUUUAUUGUUAUUUAUUAUUAUUUUGAAACACUGAAUUUUUAGAAAUGGAAUAUUUUCUGCAGAAAAAUGAAGACAUGGAAAGUGUUCCCUUUUGAAAAAAAAUUUCUCCCACAUCUCUGUUUCUGAUAGAAUUUAGACUGCUAAACACUGAGCUGGCAGCCCUGGAGGGUAACGCCAAUAGCUUCCAGCACUAACUUGCUCUUUGCUUCAUUUUGUUCAACGCUCUCAUAUGCACGACAUGCAGGUUGUUGCGGAUCUCAUGGUGAGGAUCCAGCGCAUACCCGACUUCACACCUAAAUUGCUGCUGGUCAGGAAGCGUCUCCUUGGCUUAGAACCUGAAGGGCCCAUGUAAGUAUCUUAAUGACCAGCCUAUUCCAAGAGGCACCAUGUAUGACUUUCUAAUAAUUCCUCAUCCUAUCUCCGCAGUGUUGACCACAUGACAUUACUAGAAGGUGUAAUUGUAUUGGAAGAAUUUUGUAAAGAGCUGGCUGCAAUUGCAUUUGUGAAAUACCAUGCCUCGUCCACGCCGUAAAAAGCUGCUCCGAGCAUCUUGGCUACGAGAUUCAAGCAGAAAAGACUGCUAACUUCCCAGGCAGGAGAACAGAAAGCAAAGCCUUGGCAUUCAUUUGGAGGACUCAUAUGGGACACCUUCAAAUUGAAAUACUAAAUUCAUUGGUAGUGACCAUAUGGGAGAGGAAAAUGGAUGUUCAACCUACAACGCAAUCAAUGGGAUAUCACAGAUCACAACAAGCUCAAAGAGCUGCACACAUGAAGACUUAAGUUUAAUGGUUUUCUUAUUUUAAUAACCUUCUAGGAGGUAGGAGUUUUUAUAUACUUUAGGGUUCCUAGGCUUUUAAAAAAAUACAUUUGUUUCAUAGCUGAGGUGUGUUUUAUCCAUUUAAAUGAAAACCAGUAAGUGAUUAAAGCAUUGUAAAGUAUUUAAAUAAGAAGUUGUAAAUGCACACACAGCUAAACAAAUGAUUUUUCUUUGUGUAUCUUUCAUGUUGAGUCCUGUUCAUUGUGUUGUUCCAGUUGAUCACUGAUUAUUAUUAUUUUGUUACACAAAAAAAGAGGUGACCACAAGUAUACUCAAGUAUUGGUUUUCCUUGAAUCCUUGCUUAUUCUCCUUUGUUAUGCCGCAUAACUUUAUUUGCCUUCUGUUUUGUAUUGGAGCCCUGGAUUAUUUGAUCCAAAUGCCCGUUUACAAAAAUGCUAGUAUUACAGGUCACUUUAUAGGGCUUUUAAAAUUCUUUUUUAUGAUUAGUUGGCUGAAGAGUAUCCUGUGCCUUGAUGAUUGGCAGUAUCAUUGUUUUGUGCUUUUCAGAUAUGUUAUUACUUGGCUAAUUUGAAUGACUGAAGCGUCCAAGCCAAGGGGCAGCUGGGUCUGAUACCAAUUGUCAUAAUGCAUAUAGGCUGAAAUUCUCUGCAGGUUGUUGCAUGCUUAGUUUUCAGUUUUGUGAUCUUACUGUUUGCAACAGGGAUCCAUUAUAAGCCAAGGAGAAAACAAGAUCCCUUCAUUUUGCCAUAGUCAUAAAAUAGAUUCCUUUGCCAGACAAUCUGAGCUAGAAGACUAGUAAGAGGAAGGAGCAGUUGAACCACCUCAUUCUGCCAGUGGUCUCUCCCUUUCUUUCUUCUGACUCAUAUCUGCCAGUUCUUCAUAGGCUGAAAACUCCAAACAAACAUGUUGUCUACCCUGGAUUUAAUAUAGUUUUUCUAUAAUCUUUUUGUUCUCAGUAGAAAACAAGGAGAGGCAGAUAUGGGGUGGGAGUGCCCUUCCUCACCCAUUUGCCGUUAAUUGACAUAAUCCUAUGGUAUUAACAACACAUAAUUUGAUUCCUAAACAGUUGUUCCAUUAAUCUCAUUCUUGGGUAUUCAGUGUAAUUUUUUCAGGCGCAUAACCUUUUAACACAGUUGCUGCCUGCUUCAGAUAUUGUCAGGGUUGAUGUAAAUGUGGUUGAAUUUUGCUCCAGUGAUGUAAACUCUGGUUUGUACCACAAGAAGUUCUAAUGAUACAGAAACUUGCUGAGCAUGAAGCCCAAGUGUUGGAAAGUGGGAUAAUUUCGUUAUAUUGGCAGGCCUCUGUGGUGGAAACACAAACAUCAAAAACUGUGGAGCAAAAUUUUGAGCUGCCUUUAUUAUAAAUGAGAUAUGGCCAAGGAGCUGCCUGACAGAGUAUAUUCAUCUGUACUCUGUGAUCAAGAUAUUUGCCUCCCUAGUUGAAUAAUAGCACAUUGAUUUUUUUAAUGUUUUUGCACCAAAGUUACUGAAUUUGACUCACAAAUACAACUAACUAAACUACACGUAAGUCUCAGAAUUUUCUUCUCGGGAAGAAAAUUUUCAGAUAGAUAUUGGGUAAGAAAUUAUAAAAUAAACAUUCAUGGAAGCGGGCCUGAACAGCUUUUUACAUUUUUUGCAUUGCAGGUAGCAUUUUAGAGAAAUCCUUUUGGAAUCCCACAGAAGGUGAUGAUGGUUCUCUAAUGAUAUUCCAAAGUAAGUGGGAGGCAGACUUAAGUUUUGGUGUUCAAAAGUAUAAGGGAAAAGGUUUACUUAAGCUAACUGUGUAAUUAGCUAUUCAUGAUAGCCAAAGUUAUUCACACGAUGCUGGAUUGAAUUAUAAAAACAAAUAAAUAAAAAUGAUACAGGAUACAUCUAUUAGUGCAAGCAGGAUAUCUAACAUUAAAGUUCAGUUUGCUUUUAGAAACAUCAAGAUCCAAGCACAUACAGUUCUCUUGUUUUCAGGAUGCUUUUAGAAACAUCAAAAUCCAAGCUUGAUUGCACAUAGCCUGCAUAUUCAGGAAGUUCUUUUGUUUUCAGGGUGUAACCCUGCUGAUGUCAUUUGAAGACACCAACAUUUUCCCAUUCCCUUUUUGUGAUAAUACCUGGCACAAAUUUAGGAAACGCUUUAACUCUUUCUCUUGGCAUCAUAAUUGUUCUCUUGAACCCAUAAAUUGAUAGCAGCAACCUUUUUAUUUUUGUAAAAACAAUUGAAUUUUCCUUCCCAAAUGGAACUUGUUUAACGUUUUUACAACUUGUUUUCAUGCACUUUUAUUUUAAAGGCUAGUUGGGCCCUUGUUUGAAUUGGUUGAAUCUAUGCAUGUCAUAACUACCCCUAUUCUGAUGUGUCUGAGUGUGUUUAUGUGCAUGCAUGUGUGCACACAUGGAGAUGCAUGUGUGGUUAUUUAUUAUCCGUCAGGAGAACAUACAGCCUGUUCUCCAGAAGUAGUGAGCAGCCGCUGGGUAUAAAGAUGUUUGUGCUAACUAUUGGGUUCUUGGUCCCAUUACAGAUAAAACAAACAGUGUUUCUAUAUGAGAGUGGAGUGGAUGAGGAAAGCUAGAAUUGUUUGAUUCCAGGAUACAGAUCCAGUUUCAAUUUUUACCCUGAUGCACAUUUAUGUAAAUAAAGGCACCUUUAUAUCAUCUAUUGUAUCUAUUUAAUUUAGAUUCUGAUGUUGAAAAUUUUGUAACAACAACAUGAGACGUCUACUGGAAUAGCCAUUUCCUCUUAAGCUAUUUUUGUUAUAACUGUAGCUGUCUGCCUAGUAGUGUCAUCUUUUAACUGUAGUGUUCUGAUAUAAUGUAUUCAUCAGUGCAAUAUUGAAGCUGUGAUACAAGGCACAGCUUCAGCCUGGUUGUACAUCAUAUGUUUACGUGUGUAUAUUUGUAUACUAAUGGACUGAAACCCAGCACUUGCUUGCGGUAUUGCCAGUGCAAAGAUUGUAACACUGCAUUCUACAGGGCACAGUAAUCGUGGCAUUCCUUUAUAAAUGCAUGGCAGCUGCUCAUCAUGAGCUGCUGAAUGCAGCAAAGCUUUCAAUUGUGAAAUAACAUCCUUAUUUAACUUGGCACAAGAAACAGGAUAGUACAAUGCAGAAGCUACACAUCCACUGUUCUCAGUUGUGUGAGAAAUUAAGAUUAGCAUCUCUCAACAAACACAUCUGUAUAACCAUGAUUAAUAAUGCCUGUGCCCUGUUGCCUAGUGUUACAAGGUCUGUCUAUCAAUAUAUACUCCUGGAUUUUUCUCCCCUCCUGUCUUGUUUACAUUAAACAGAAGAUGUUCAGCAAACCUUUCCUAUUGAACUUGGUGUAGUUCAUUCGCUGACAAUGUUUGCCAAGGUGUAAUAGACCCAUGAAGGAUGGUUGAAACAGCCACAUUAGAGAGCUCACGGCAGUAACUUGUGUCAGCAGAUACAAUUCAGGCAUUUUUUGUUAAAAAGCAUGCAUGAAGGAUUAAAAGGGAUAUUCUUAAAAAUAAAUUAAUAUAAUUUGAACAGAGUGAUGCUUUAUGUUUGCUGAAGUUUGUGCAUUUUUAAGUUUGACUAUCGUCUCUAAAUACAAAAUGACCAGAUUUUACGUUUACAUUCUGCUUUUUCCUGUCACCCUCCCAGCUGACCUUUCUCCUAAUAUUGGUUUCACACCUCACCUGCAUUGCAUCCGCCCCCUCCCCCCAGUUCCUUUUAUUAAAUUAAAAUCACUCCUUUCAUUAGUAAGUGGACGUUGGGCUUCAUCAUUUUACUUAUAUGUUACUUCUGCCUCGCCUUUUUAUGGGAAUAAUAUAGAUAGCUAGAAAAUUCAGGUUUUAAACCAUGUUGGUAAUUUUUUUUAAUGGGUGGACAAUCUUUUUCAGGCCAAGCGUCAAUUCUGGGGGAGUGGGGCAGAGGCAAAAGUUAGCAAAGCAACAAAUGUGAUUUGUACAAUAGACUCAAUUCUACAUACACUCACGUACUGCCAUCUAUCAUCCAUCCAGUUCAAAGACAGCUGGGCAGAAACAGAUGCAAAGCAGGGCUGGUAAGGAAUGUGGCUCAGGGCAAAGGGGUGUGGUUGUGGAGGGCUUACAGUUUCAGCAGAGGCCCGUGGUCCAGAUAAGAGGCCUUGAGGACCACAUUUGGUCCUUGGGCUGUUGGUUCCCCAUUCCCAAUUGAGAGUUAUUCCUCUUAAGUGAUUCUUGAGCACACUAAGUUUUAUUAUCCCAUGCUCUCAUAACUCUGGUUCCUACCCCAGCAGGCAUGCACAAAAUCAGCCACCCACUUGCGCUUUUCGGUCCAAGAAUGCCUCACUCAUUUGGGGCAUAUGUAAUGCUGCACACCGAAAUGUUCUGAAAUUUUAGUGGCUGCAAGCACAUAUUCAAAGACUCUUUGUAAAACGAGCGUUGGUGAAGUACUUUCUUCAUUUAUGCAGCUGAGGCGUAAACCAACAAGGCCCACCGCAAAAAUACCUCUUCACUGUAAAGGCUUUUUGCUGCCAUUAAAUCAGCCUUAAUGUGUACCUCAUUAUAGCUUUUUUGUCAUUAAACUGUUUGCAGGAGACCUACACUAGACAUAGGGGGGCGGAAAUUAGCCAGCGUGUUGUGUUUUAUGGCAGUAGCUACCAUUUCAUCAUGCAUACCUCUUCUACCUUAUUACCUCAUUUAAAAGACUUUUUGGAACCUGUAUUUGCAUGCUCAGAUAUAUUUCUUUUGUGAAGCAUAACAGAAUUGUGUUCUAAUGAUACUAUCCUCAAACCAUUGGACUUGGAUGGGCUUCUGAAGCAUCAGAGUGCUUGCUGCAGUCAUAUUAUGUAGAGGCUGAAGUUUUUAAAAAUGCUCAAGACUGCAUGCCGUGGUUCUUUCCAUGCCUCUUUGUGAGUUUGAUAUAGCUUUGUCGUAUGUUCAGGGCACCGUAAGCCGAGUUGAAAUGUUGUGGUUUCAGAACUCUAAACAGUACUUGUCAUCUAUCACAGAUUUCAGCUGCUCUGUAAUAAUUACCAUGGAAUCUUGCCAGAAGCCAGAUAUAGUCAAGCUGUUGCCAAGAUUGGUUAGCUGUGCUAGCAGUAGCCAGAACUCAUAUUAGUGUUGUUGGUCAUGUUCGCACUAGGGCACAGUGCUUACCAAGUGAAAUGUAGUCCACCUCUCCCUGUUCAGACCUAUGAAGGCUCCCUUUCAGCAGGAAAAGGAUAUUGCAGCAGCUUCAAGGAACAGCUGGAAUAUGUGUGCAGGUAGAAAGGUCCCAAGCUGAAUGGGUUAUACCACUUCAAAUUGCAGGUGGGUCAUAUUUUUCCUCUCUCUGCAAGGAGAAACUAACACUGCAGGGAGCAAGCUGAGACAAAACCUCUUAAUUUGCAAAAGGCUUUUUAAAUAAUACAGCGUGGCACAUACCUUUGUAGCCUUGAAGGGGUAUGGUACCCCAGGAUUCUGUCACCCUGUUUCUCUGCAGGCAUCGCCUAGGUUUCAUUUCCAAAGGGAGGAAAGGGAACUGUUGCUGUUUAUUUCUGAAAAUCUUUCACUGCUGUUCAUCUUCCCUGCUUCUCCCAUCUGCUAGGAAAAUUCUCUGCCCAGAGAGAGAACCAGUGAUAAGCCACUGACAAGCUUUCAGCUGUAGAUAUCCUCUGUUCCAAAUCAGUGAAAAUGUAAUUAUAUAUCAGUUAAUAUGUAUAUUCUGCAACAAGAGGAGCCAAACAGAUUUGUAAGGAUGCUGUCUGCAAUGAUAGCAAAGGCAGUACAUUUGCUUUCUGAACUUAAUAGGGACUGGUUUGGUUCCACUUGUAAUAAUGAGACUGCAUUCAGAUAUUACUAUGUGAACUAUGAUCUUUCUAAUAUAAACCUAUGAGGAACUUUUCAUAUAUUCUGCACCAAACUGAAGUGUGUGCCUAAAAAUGUAAAGGGUGAAUAGGGCAAACACAUGUUGGCAAACUUAUAACAAAUUCAUCAGGAAACCAGGACCAGCUGACUACAGCAGACUGGAGUUUGCCCUGAAUGAUGUGAAAAAUAGCCGUCUCACUAUUUUGCCAAGUUAUUUAAGCAGUUUGUUUAGCCCAUGUGUGAUGGGUGAUACCCAUGAGAACAUCCAUUUGCGAACUUAAGAAAAUCAUAAUUGCAUUGUAAUUGGCUGAAUUGGAGGGGCAUAAACUUGGCAGUGAUUAUCCCGUACCUUGAUGAAGUAACAUGUUUAAAGGAGGGAAAGGAGCAGGAAGGCAAUAUUUUACUAGCCCACAAAACACAAAACCAAUGGUGCUGCUAUCAAUCAAACCAAAUGCUCUCAACCUCAAUUUCAGUUAUUUAACUAGCAUUUCCUCAGCUUAGGUUAACGCUGAAUGCCGGCCUCCGGCCUCUGUGACUUAGUCAAAGCACUCGGCAGCUGAAGUGAAUGAUUAUCUCACCUGGACAACUGCUGAAUUCUCUGACUCUGGAUCUAGUUACAUAGAGUAAUGUCCCUAGGGGGAACAAUACAAAGUCAAUCAAGUGGGAUAUAUUACAAGGACGUUUUAGCAAAUUCAAAAACGAAAGGAGUUUUGAAGCAAUUUUCUUUAUGGGAUUACAGUUCACUGUUGCAUUUAUAACUGGGUUUUCCCCCUAAAGUGUUCUGUGGAAGGCAGAAUUUUUGAAAGGAAGGAAGGAAGGAAGGAAGGAAGGAGCACCAUCAUGAUGAGCUAAAGAGCAAAAUCGCUAAUAUGUGGGUUUUUCCUCUUAAAUGGUUUCUGAAAUCUGUGAUUUAUCUCCAUUUUUAAACUAUUAUUUCUUCUGUGAACUUUUAAAAACUAUUUUUAACUAUUAUUUCUUUUCUGUGAACAGAAACAGAUAAAAACUGCCUCUCUGGAGGGGAGGGGAAUUGUGCUGUGCUGUUUCUAAAUGACAAAAGGCCUGAAAUAUCACAGCCUUUCUGUUCCAAGUCUUUAUGGUGUGUGCUCCACACAAGUAAAAUUGAAUAUCAUUAUUAAUUGAAAUUUACUUUUUCUGUUUGCUUAAAAGCUUGAUUUAAAGUAAGUAGCCAAAUUAUAACUUUCUAGCUUGGUGAACAUGGAUAAAUCCCAUAUAAUGAGUGCAUAGUUCAUAAUGUUCAGCACGGAAUGCAUGUGCAGUUUUUAUAUAUCUAAAUUUAUUUCAUGUCUACAAAAUGUCACUUUUGUUCCGUGGAGUUUCAAUUAUCCCUCCUAACAAUUUACAGGGCAAGCAUAUAUAUGCCUACUCAGAAGUAAGUCCCGGAAAAAUACAAUUGACUGAUUCCCAGGUAAACAGUUGUGGGAUUUCAGUCUCAGUUGUGGAAUCCUUGGGGACAGAAGUAUUUGUAUAACUUAUGAAGCUCUGCUAUUUGACCUUUUAUGCUGCAUUCCAUUUUUAUUGUUACUUAUUUUAUUGCCAUUGAAUUUUAAUUUGUUUUUUAUUUUUCUUUAUAAGCUAUCCUGAGAGGGUGACCUAUCAUGAAUGAAUAAACCAAAUGUAAGCCACUUUGGGCUUUCUGGAAGAAAAACUAAUGCUAAAUAAAGUUGAGGAAGGAAAUGGUUAGAGUAAUGAAAAAGAUAUUCUGCAAAAUAGCAUCUUAUGGCCUCCACAUAAGUUGCAGUCCCCAGACCACAUCAUGCACUAUGGUAAUAUCCCCGAAGUCUGUGAGAGAACUUUGGGGUUAGGGCUUUACGAUGCAGUCUUCAACAUGUUUACUCAGAAGUAAGCCCCACUAUAUUCACUUAGAGGCUGAAACCCAGGUACACCUGAUGGAGAGGCAGCUCUUUAGUCAACCCUGCCACCACCUCUGUGAUCUUCCUGGCUUGAAGACGGAGGCACUGCAGAGCUACGGGACUUCUGAGAGUAGCAAAGUGGCACAUCUGAGACUCACCAGUCACUACUAGACAGACUCAGUUUUGCUGUUACUAUUCACCUCUCCUUUACAAACAUGUGGCAUGGGCCCAAGCUAUUUAGACGUGUGUGAGACAAGAUCCUGAGCAUGCACCAAGUCAGCCUUAGGGGUCUGUUUCAAGAUACGGUAUUUAUGAAAUGGUUCAAGGUGAAGUGAGGUUGUAUUGAAAUAAAAUGAAUGGUAUCCUAUAAUUAGUCCUCUACACUUGACGUAGAGCCUAAGAUUGCUUCAUCAGGAAGCUGGGGGUGCCUGCAAGCCCCCAGAACUCUGAACGUCCCCCGGUAUGCGCAGCUCUGGAAAAGGCACCUCCCUUCUCUUCCAGUGUGCUCAGCCACAUAUACCAGAUGGUAUAUGCACACUACACUUCUGGCAUAACACAGCAAGACAUCGUAGAGCUAAUCUACUACAGUGGUACCUCGGGAUGUGAAUGGGAACUGUUCCGGAGCCCCAUUCACAUCCAGAAUGGAACGCAAGACGCGACAGCGGGUCACGUUUCACCACUUCCGUGCAUGCGUGCGAUGUCAUUUUGAGCGUCUGCACAUGCGUGAGCGGCAAAACCCAGAAGUAACGUGCUCUGUUACUUCUGGGUCGCCACGGAGCACAACCUGAAAGCGCUCAACCUGAAGCGUAUUUAUCCCGAGGUAUGACUGUAUUUAUUUACACACUAUGUACAGACAAAAGCAUAAUGGCGUCCGUUCUCUCCAGCUCCGAGAGAGCAACAGGCACAAAUAAAAGUGAAAGUACAUACAGCGGAAGAGAUAAGACAGUCUUCCGUUUCCCACACUCUUCUCAGACAGGCAUGUGAUUUACACCAAUCACAAAUGCAGCAUCGGAGGAGUGAAAUUGCUAACAUGGCAUAUAUUUUUACAUUUGCUGUGUCCAGGAGUUAAAAGGUGGUCACUUGCAAACUCUGGCUCCCCAAAAACCCUUAAAAAUCAUUUCAGUUAUCAAAUCCUGCAUUAUUAACAACAUCUGACACGUAGAUAUGGCUAAGCCAAGCCAAUUUUCUACCAUUGUUGUACCAAACUGGGAAGUCCUCUGUAUGAUUCCAAGCCGAUCCAUAAUAGGACAUACAGUGGUACCUCGGGUUACAUACGCUUCAGGUUACAGACUCUGCUAACUCAGAAAUAGUACCUCGGGUUAAGAACUAUGCUUCAGGGUGAGAACAGAAAUCGUGCUCCGGCGGCGCAGCAGCAGCAGCAGGAGGUCCCAUUAGCUAAAGUGGUGCUUCAGGUUAAGAACAGACCUCUGGAACGAAUUAAGUACUUAACCCGAAGUACCACUGUAUGUUCAUUUACUAAUAGCCCACCUUUCCUACAAGGAGCUCAAGGUGACGUACCUAUUUCUCCCCUCCAUUUUAUCUGCACAACAACUGUAAGGCAGGGUAGGCUGAAAUAUAGCAACUGAUCCAAGGUUGCUCUGAGCUUUAUGGCUGAGCGUGGAUUCAAAUUCAGGUCUCUCUAGCCUUAGCCAUACUCUACUCUUAGCCUGACUCUCUAAAAACUACACUUCUCAUGCCUGCAAAUAAUGUAUAGUUUAUCAUUUGCCUAUAUAGUACACACUCCUAAUGUUACUAUAAUGAGAAUCAUCACCUUACAUUUCCAGAGUGUAGCAGUCAGCUCCUGCUUUAAAGCCACUUCUGUGCUUAAUAGUGUGUAAAUCCAUUAUAACAGGGUGUGAUCAUCGGCAUACAAGCAAUCUUUUAUAUGAUCAGUGAUGGUCAGUUACAUAAAAGUUUUUCUCCCUUACAAUGCAGACUUGUCAGUUAUAUAAACGUUCCUCUGUCUUGUGUUAGAUAUUUGCAGUCCCAAUGGGCCAUUAUCCUGGUCAUGCUAUUAUCUGUUUAGUGUGUGCUAUAAUUCGUCUCAAAGACAAAAUGGAACAAGGGCCAUUAAACUGGCCUAUAUCUAAGAAGUAGUAAUUUUAUGUGCCCAUCUAUUAUGGCUUUACCGUGAACGACAGGCAAGCUGCCAGGAAACUCUGGGCUGUUAUAUUUACAUCUCACAGAAUUAUAAUGGUAAAAGUUCAGAUUGCCUUCCACAACUUUAUGCCGGCACUCCAGUAGUAGUAGUAGUAGUAGUAGUAGUAGUAGUAGUAGUAAUUAAUAUAUUUAUACCCUACCCAUCUGGCUGGGUUUCCCCAGCCACUCUGGGUGGCUUCCAACAAAAUAUUAAAAAGAAAAGAUAACAUCAUAUAUUAAAAACUUCCCUAAACAGGGCUGCCUUCAGAUGCCUUCUAAAAGUCAGAUAGUUGUUUAUUUCCUUGACAUCUGAUGGGAGGGAGUUCCACAGGGCUAGAUACAGUACUCCUCUUGAGAGAAAUGUGUUUGCACAAGGCAAAUAAAAUACUGUAAAAAAAGAGACACUUGCAAUUACUGCACAUUUUUCAGCAGUUCAAGUAUUUCCCAUAUUACCUUAAAACUGACAGUUAAAUCCAGUGUUCUACC